AUGCAGGCGAAAGGCUGGGGAUUAGCGUCCAGCCGAGCGACGUCCGUCUCAACCCAGGAAAGAAUGACCCCUAUCGAUGGAAAUUCAUACCGGUGGGAAAAAGGUUUGAAAUUGUGCCAGCUCAAGAUGCGACCCCACUUUUUCAAUCAUCUACUACGGUAUAUCUCCCUUGCAAGCCGGUCGCGAUGGGAACUAAUCUUUUCCUUCCUUAUUUGUUUGCAGCUUUUGCCCAAUGGCAAGAGUUUUACAGCCAUAAUCGAGGAUCUUAGUAAAGAAAACGAAAAGCUUUGCGCAAAGGUCGACGAUCUCAAAACAAAGUUAGAGAUCGAAGAACGAACUAGAUUUAAUACGGAGGAAAAGAAGCGGCAAAUUCAGGUCAGUCAGGCGGAAUUGCAAUUUCAAGUGCAGGAGCUUUUGGGUUUUAUCGAAAACUUGCGGGUAAGCGUUUUAAAUUAUUGCCGCGGAAUGGAUCAGGUUGUACCACUAUUAGAAGAUUUGAAAAAGUGCGGAGCAGAGAGCACAGGCUACACCUGA